CUGGUGAAAGCAUAAUCGGAGCUGUGUUGUUUGUUGUUUUGUUGGUAUAGUUUUCGCAUUUUGGCGUUGUAGUGUUGUGUAGUGAUUUCGUUAGUACUCCACAUUAAUCAUGUCUACCUGGUCAAGAGACUUGAUACUAGAAUUCAUUGAGAAAUACCGAGGUCACGAAUGCAUCUGGAAAAUAAAAAUUAAAGAGUACCACAACAGGGAAAUGAGGGAAGCAGCCUAUCAAGAAUUAUUGGAUGUUGUGAAGAAGGCGGACCCAAGAGCCACAAAGGACACUGUGGUUAAAAAAAUAAAUAAUUUAAGAAGUGCGUUUAGAAAAGAGUUGAAAAAAGUAAAAUCGUCUCAAAAAUCUGGGAUGGGAAUUGAAGAUGUAUAUAUCCCUAAAUUGUGGUAUUUCAAUGAGCUGAUCUUCUUGUUGGACCAGGAGGAGGCAAUUGAAGGAGUAUCAAACCUAGAGGGAAGUGAUCAGGUUGACAAAGUACUUCCGGGAACAGAAAAUGGUGAAUUAGUUUAUCCUCAAACCGGAACACCAGAGCGUUUACCAUCCCCAUCUGUUUCUGUCAAUUCUACAUCAGAAGGUGGACCUAUGACAGAUUCUCGUUUAAAGUCAACUGCAGUUUCUGAUAGAGCUAGGGGCUCAAAGAGGAAGAUAGAUAAGAUGUCCGAGGUGGCGUAUGCGGUCAUGAAGAGAGUAGAAGCAAAUAACGCUAACCGAGAUGAAUUUGACUCUUAUGGAGAGACAGUUGCAAUGACCUUGCGCAAGUUAAGCAAUGUCUCUGCUGCAUAUGCUAAAUUUGAGAUAAGCAAAGUUUUAUUCCAGGCUGAGUUGGGACAAUACGAACGUGGAAACUCAAACAUCCCGUCAAUGCUGACUCCUCCUAUAAACCCUGCUAUUUUACAUCAUACAUCAACAUCUGAUAACCGUUAAUAACCGUGGACCAGAAAAUGGAGAAAUAGAAGAGACAGAAGAUCAAGAAAAUACCAUA